AACGUACCCUUUAGUACGUCGCAGGUUCGGUGACGUCCAACCCUCGACUUGUUCUCAAGUCUCCGAGACGGGCCUAAAAGCACUUUUGACGGAGUACUUCCCCAUACUUUUUCGUCGAUGUCGUGAUUUCGGCACACACAUUGGCCGGGCACGAGCCGAUGAACGUCCUUUCCCGGUAACUGGAGGGGAAAACGGUCGCGAAGGCUCGUCACCUCGCUGCCGGGAAGCUACUGCUAGCUGCCAAGUAGGGAAGGAAGUGAGCAGCGGAAAAAAAUGACAUCUCGAAGGUGGUUCCACCCCAAUAUCACGGGCGUGGAGGCGGAGAACCUGCUGCUGACGCGCGGCGUGGACGGCAGCUUCUUGGCCAGACCCAGCAAGAGUAACCUCGGAGACUUCACCCUCUCAGUGCGACGGAAUGGCGCCGUCACCCACAUCAAGAUUCAGAACACGGGCGACUACUACGACCUAUACGGCGGCGAGAAGUUCGCCACGCUGGCCGAGCUGGUGCAAUACUACAUGGAGCACCACGGGCAGCUCAAGGAGAAGAACGGCGACGUCAUCGAGCUCAAAUACCCGCUCAACUGCGCCGACCCCACGUCGGAGAGAUGGUUCCACGGGCACCUGUCGGGCCGCGAGGCGGAAAAGCUCCUGACGGAGAAAGGCAAGAACGGCAGUUUCCUGGUGCGGGAGAGCCAGAGCCACCCCGGAGACUUUGUGCUGUCGGUGCGCACGGGCGACGACAAGACGGACGGCAGCGACAGCAAGCCCAAAGUCACGCACGUCAUGAUCCGAUGCCAGCACGACCUGAAGUACGACGUGGGCGGCGGCGAGAAGUUUGACUCCCUCACAGACCUGGUGGAGCACUACAAAAAGAACCCCAUGGUGGAGACCCUCGGCACCGUCUUGCAGCUCAAGCAGCCGCUCAACACCACUCGCAUCAACGCGGCCGAAAUCGAAAGUCGAGUACGGGAGCUGAGCAAGCUGGCCGAGGCCACGGACAAAGUCAAGCAAGGCUUUUGGGAGGAGUUUGAGACCUUACAGCAGCAGGAGUGCAAGCUGCUCUACAGCCGCAAGGAGGGCCAGAGGGCCGAGAACAAGAACAAGAACCGCUACAAGAACAUUCUGCCUUUCGACCACACCCGAGUGGUCCUGACCGACGGGGACCCCGAGGAGCCGGGCUCCGACUACAUCAACGCCAACAUCAUCGCGGUGGUAUCCCCGAGCCCGCCCGUGCAGGACGGCAAGUGCAACAGCGCCAAGCUGAGGAAGUCGUACAUCGCCACGCAGGGCUGCCUGCAGAACACCAUCAGCGACUUCUGGAGGAUGGUGUUCCAGGAGAACUCGCAAGUCAUCGUCAUGACCACCAAGGAGGUGGAGAGGGGCAAGAGUAAAUGCGUCAAGUACUGGCCUGACGUGUCAGCGCUGAAGGAAUACGGCGCCAUGCGCGUUCGCAACGUCCGAGAGACGUCGGCGCACGACUACAUCCUCAGAGAACUCAAACUCUCCAAAGUGGGACAGGGCAACACGGAGCGCACGGUUUGGCAGUACCACUUCAAGGCCUGGCCCGAUCACGGCGUCCCCGCCGACCCGGGCGGCGUUUUGGAUUUUUUGGAAGAGGUCAACCUGAAGCAGGAGAGCAUCGUGGACGCCGGGCCCAUCGCCGUGCACUGCAGCGCAGGGAUCGGGCGGACGGGGACCUUCAUCGUCAUCGACAUCCUCAUCGACAUCAUCAGAGAAAAAGGGGUGGAUUGCGACAUCGACGUUCCCAAGAGCAUCCAGAUGGUCCGUUCUCAACGCUCCGGAAUGGUCCAGACGGAAGCUCAGUACCGCUUCAUCUACAGGGCCGUGCAGCACUACAUUGAAACGCUACAGAAGCGCAUCGUGGAGGAGCAGAAGAGUAAGAUCAAAGGUCGCGAGUACACCAACAUCAAGUAUUCCCUGUCGGACCUAACGGGCGGCGAGCAGAGUCCGCUUCCUCCGUGCACGCCGCUGCCCACGCCCACCUGCACAGAGAUGCGCGAGGACAACUCCCGAGUGUACGAGAACGUCGGCUUGAUGCAGCAGCAGAAAAGCUUCAGAUGAGAUCCGCCCGCCCACACGACCCCCCGACGCCCGAGCGGCUCAGCCCACGACGGGAUAUCGCCACCACAGUACAACAAAGAGAGAGAGAGAGAGAGAGUGGGGGGAGAGCUUUUUGGGCCUCCAGCCCAAGCCCGAACCACUGUGACGCUCACCCCGGCCACCGAGCGACGCCAAAUCCCCCCCCGCCUAGCAAACCCAAGUGUGGAAUCCAAGCCCAACCCCCAUUUUCUUCUCUCUCUUUUGAACAGUUUGUAGAGUUAGCAGACAAGGUUGUGCGUCAGACGUCCUGACCGUUGGUAUGCUUGACCUCGCCGCAACUGCCUUGAAGACAAAAGCCACCCGCGUCCUCUCACGUUCACGCCGCCUUUGCGAGCCUCGUCCUCAUCCAGUCAGGAAUGACGCGCAGUUGCUCUUUUUUUUUUUCUCUCUCUCUUUCUCCUCUCCCCCCCUCUCUUUUCUCAAGCGCAUCUUGUACACUGGUCACGAGAUUUUGCGGCGAUUGGAGCUUGGGAAGAAAAGUUGAGGAUACUCGUUGUGAAUUUUGCCAUUGGGCUGCUCCUUAGAGAACAGCAAAAAAAAAACGUACUGAAACAUUUGAACAUUUCAAAGUUUACAGAAGGUCCAAUAACGUUCACCUGCACUUUAGGCUCCUCCUGAACUUUCAGCCCAAAGCGCAGCGUCAGCAACUUUUUGUGACCCGCGUAUGUUGUCUGUUUUGUUUCAACCACACGUGACUAAAUGCCUUUCGUUGCCUCCAGAGGUGACGAGAAGCCCGUUAUGGCUGCCCAUUAGCGUAGCCUAGCUUAGCCUCAUUUAGCUUGAAAUCCAGCCCAAGGCCCCCCCCCCCCCCCCCCUUCCUUCUAGCCCACCAAGGAAGUCUCCCGAAAGGCCACCAGAAGUUUCCCGGUUAUCAGCGGUUGGCGUCAAAGCUCUACGUUGGUCUGAAUGAAGCUCCUCAAGCCACCUCCAAAUAGAUCUGGCAAGCAAUAGGUUAGUGGAACUAACUGGAGCUCGCAGACACGCUGGACUCUUUCCAGUUUUUGGUGGCGCUAUGCUAGGCUAACAGGGCGCUAUCGCUCUUCUCGUCUGUCCUCAUCCGCUCAUUUCAAAUGUGGCCUGGAGAUUUCCUCACUACGCCUUGGCCCUGGGCCGAGCCGGGCCGGGCUGCAUUGCGUCCGCAUCCGCCGCGAUGGAUUAGCCCGCGUCGACUCGCGGACAUGCCUUCUGUGACUCUUUCAUGACCGGGCGGGGCGGGGUGGAAGAAGAAAACUAAAGUCUAUUUUUGAAGGUCUAUAUUGUACACGAACAGAAUGUACGUCGAAACAAUAGAACAUAUCGACUUGCCAUAUACAUAGUGUUGACGCGCGCGCAACCAACCAGAGUCUAUUCUAAAUAUUUAAGAAAGCGACGACAAGAAAAAUUGCAGUUAACAACGCUAACGUAAGAAUAAACGGCCAGCUCAUUCUCCGCUGUGUUUUGGAGUUAUUGAUUUUCUUUUUCCAAUAAGUGGACCAAACUAAAUGACGUGCUUUCAAAAGUCUUACUUGAGUUUCCAGGGCAAAUUUUGUCGAGGCCCAAACGCAGGCCGCUUUCAAUUGACACUUAACCCUUGGCCGAGUCCAAAAUGCCUUUGACAAAAUAAACAACAGUGUUUUGUUUUCUUUUGGAAGAAAACGUUGUAAAGAACUUUUCAUUUGUCUUUUUGCACUUUUCUCAGUCAUAUUGUCGUACGCUAUAAUAAAUACAAAAGUUAACUCGUCAA